AUGGAAUCAGAAAUUCCAAUGGAUCGGGAAAGGUACGAAACCAUGGAGUGCACAGAUGGACGCAAGGUGGCCGUUGGCAAGAACUGGAGGAGCAGCCGAAAGGUGAAGGCCAAGGGGAGGUAACGCAAGACUCGAGAAUCUUCUUCGACGGCUCGGUCAUGCGCUCAACAACAUGAGAUCCAAUUAUUGGUAGCACCGGCAUGUUUCUCAUGACUCUUUGUCGUGUGUAUGUGCGUGCUCGAGUCCUAGUGGCUCGUGACCCUUGUGAUCUUUGAGCGAUCCCAUCUUCGGAGAAAGCGGACGAGACUUGAAAAGGAUGUCCCUGGCCGUCGAUUGCAACCUCGCGAGUGCCUUUUUCCUCCGAAGCCGCCCUACGAGCCACCUCGUGGCGGCUCAACCACUCUCACAAUCUCAACAGCUAAAGAUCCAACUCGCGUUUUAUGUCUGCUCUGCUCUUCCAACAUAAGGAUUGAGGUCGACAGCCUCGGCAAGAAAUUCUCUGGUGAACAAGAGAUUAGAAAGAAAAACGCAAAUUUGGAAGGAGAAGUGUUAUUGUCCGUCUUGACAAUGAAUGUUCACAACGAGCGUCAACUGACAGGACGGAGUACUCGAUGGACGCGCUCGUUCUGUGCUUGGACGGUGCUGAUGUCCUACAUGCGUGUCCUACGGAGGUUUGCAUGUGCCUCGAUCAGGCUUGCCAUGGAGUUUAGCUCGUCAUACACUCAACGGGUCUCUCCAAACAUAGUAGCUUCGGAUCCCGCUCUCGAUAGCUUGUGAUUGUUAUCAUCUGUUAAGUAUUCCAACGAAGUCAAGCCCAUCCAAUCGCAGUCCAUUGAACUCAAAUCAUGUCUCGAAAGUUCUUUUCCAUCACC